AUGCUCUCGGAAAUCUCGCUAAUACUACCGACGUCCAUUGUUCUUCAAGAACCACAAGAUUUCUACACACAAGAGAAACCCCAAAAUAGACGCUCAUCCCAAUCACAUUCCGAGAACACUUCUUUAUGGCGGCUAUGCACAAAAGCCAAGGACGCCUUGCCAAACGGUGUUCGUCUAGAAAAUAUCACAUGGCGUGUAAUGGCCAUAGAACUUAAAAAGUGGAAAGAAGGAAAACAGCACGACACUGCAAAGUUUGAUGGUUACGUAGAGAGAUCCACCGUAAUAAAAACAAGCGAUAAUGGGAGUGCUGCGAUAACCGAGUUAGAUAGAAAUGAAGCUAGGACGCAAAAGCGAAAAGACUCUUCGCAAAAUAUAAAAAUUGAAGUGAAAACCCCAAGGAAUGACUUUUUCUGCGAACGGGAAAGCGAAAUGGCAAAUUGCCAUUCCGGAACAAGUUGUAGCAGAUCGACGGAUAAACAGUCUGAUGUCGAAAUGUCUGAUUCCACUUCACUCCCACGAACUUUAUCAACCACCCAAUUCGACUACGACGAUGUAAUGUUUGUCGACAGUACAACUUUUGUUACCUCUCCAUCUGACACAUCAAACACCGACGAGGUCUCUUCGUACACAUCUACGUCUCCUGUGUUAUCUCAUGCAACAUCCGCGGCCAUUCCAAUACCGUCCAACAUAACUCAAACUGUAUACGGGUUUGGAGCGUUCAAUGUCAAUGGCGCUGGCAGGAUCGAUGGAAUCGUGGAUAAUCUGACUGCUAUUGCUGGCGGUCCACGAACAAACGCGUUUAGUGUAUUGCAACAAAGACAAUGUGAUGCAACUAAUAGUGAACGGGAUAAUAAAGUAAUAGAGAGCGUCGGUGUUCCGAUUGGAACGGUCGAGAGAGAGGAGAGUGGCCUGAGUUUUCCCAAAAGGAAACGCUCAGAAAGCUUUACAAACAAUGUCUCUCAAAUGCAAUCAAUCACAAUUCCAAACGACACGUUGGAUGACUCUGAUACAGACUUGCCCGAAUCUCUUUCUUCUUCCAUGACCGGCUCUGUUGCAAACCAGUAUACACUAAACUCGCUCAACUAUUCCAACACUCCCUAUGAUCAUUCGCUCGACUAUGCUUCAUCCCCCGGUUAUUUUUCGUUCGACUUGUCAGCGGACGGACUGGUCACUACUUCUCAUAUCACUCCACUUACCCCUGCAGAUAGUGACUACUAUAUUAGUUACCAGUAUGCAGAUGACCAGGAAUACUUUAACAUGGUGAACGAAUUCGAUAGCGGAGAUUUGGCUUCCUCAUCAUCACAGUUCUUGCACAUUAAUCCAUCAUUACUAGUACCAUCCUCUCAAACACAAGAACCAAUAUAUGAAAUGAUGACAGAUAACCAAUUAGAAUCAUCGCAGGACGAGAAGGGGCCUAAAACACAGCAGUUAAAGUAUGCAGUUUUGGGAGACGCAGAAACUGUGGAUCGAGAGGGUACAGAAGGAAACGGUGCGAGUGCGAGUGUACAAGAAGCGAAGAAGCUUUUGCCAAGCGAUUCGUCGACGGAUGGAGUUGGUUCGGAAGAAAAGGAAGCUGAUGGGAACACUUCACCACAGCAACUUGCCACUCCAACUACGUGCACAAAUUGUGCAACUCAAAUCACCCCAUUGUGGCGUCGUAAUCCUGAAGGACAUCCACUUUGUAAUGCAUGCGGUCUAUUUCUAAAGCUUCACGGCGUCGUCCGACCACUAACACUCAAAACUGACGUAAUCAAAAAGCGCAAUCGCGGAAAUACGAAUGCAAAUUCAAAAUCUUCUAAAUCCGCCAAGAAUGCGACAGGACUAGGAAUAGGCGGACCGGGCAUGUCGAUUAUGAACAAGCCGUCACAGCGAUCGGGUAUGGGAGCACUUAGCACUUCGGCACCGACUACGCAAGCGUUUGUCGGUACUGGUUCAUUCCGUGGGCAGAACCAUACAAUUACGAAAAAACCGAGGAGGUUUUCUAGUGAUGAAUUGACAGACGUACGACCUUUCGGAUUGGGAGGAGGGGAACAACCUAGUUUUGCAGCGCGAGCCGACAUGAUGAUGAGUUUUGCUCGAUCAAAUGGACAGAAAUCACAACCUACAUUACAAUAUGCCACAGCUCCUUCGCCCACGUCUCCGAUGUCUGCCGGGCCACAAUCGCAAGCACAUCGAUUCCAACGGUCAAAUACCAUGCCGUCUAUACCAGUUGUACAGUCGACUCUAAAUUCUUCUAACCCAACAUCAUCACAGUAUGGGAUGACGUCGUUGAUAAUGCGUUACCCAGAAGAGGAUGUUAUUGUUCCGAGUAACGGGCAAAAUGACUUUGUAGUUGGUGCGUCGGGAGUGAUAAGGUUACAGAAUGGUGGUGCGAUACAACAAGAACAACAGUUUUUAUCUGCUGAUGGUGGAGCAAGUAAUACUACCAGAGAUAAUAUUGCUCCCAUGGACGUUUGUUAA